AUGCCCGACGGCACCUCAGUCGUCUUGCGUCGCCAUGGCAACCCCUCCGGGCCGCGCAUAGUGUUCAGCCACGGCAACGGACUGGCCGCAGACCUCUAUUACCCGCUGUGGUCACUGCUGACUGACCGCUUCGAUCUCAUCCUCCACGACCUUCGCAACCACGGCUGGAAUCCGGUCUGGGAGCGGCGGACGCAUAACUUCCCCGCCUUCGUCAGCGACCACCAACAUAUCGCCGCGGUCAUAGCCGCCCGCUUUGGCCAAAAGCCCCUCAUCGGCGUCUUUCACUCCGCAUCGGGCAUAUCGGCGCUGCUCAGCCAGAUGGCCGACAGGAGCACCUUUGCCGGCUUGGCCCUGCUAGACCUGCCCGUGUGCCCGCCGGGGCGGUCGCCGGGUGACCUCGCGGCCAUUGGCGACGUGGCGGCGCAACGGGCACGCCAGCGCAUAACGCAGUUCGGCCGUCGCCAAGAUCUGACCAAGGCGCUCUCCCGUUCCCCAUCCUUUCGGCUUAUACCCGCGGGGACGCUGGAACUGUUCGGUCGGACCACGCUGCGGGCGUCCCCGUGGGGUGGGUAUGAGCUCUGUUGCCCGCCAGAGUACGAGGCCCAAAUCUACGAGUACGGAUUCGGCUGGGCGAUACAAUUGCACGACACUCUGGAACGCCAGGGCCUUUCCUGUCCUGUGAAGGCAAUCGGUUCCGACCCGACGAUGCCGUACUCGUUUAUGCCGGCUAUGGACCUGAGCAAUCUGGUCGCGAUGGAUUACGAUUUCAUUCCGCGGUCAACCCAUUUCCUGCCGCUGGAAUUUCCGGAAGAAUGCGCAGCAAUGAUUGUGGAGUUUCUGGAUGAACAUGGCUUAACAUGA